AAACAGAGCAAAGAAAGAACCCAUCUCUUAGUUUCAAGUAAAAAAAAUGGUGAUGAUGGAUUUGGUAAACUCGGUGAUGAAUCUCUUUGUCCCGCCGGCGAGCCUCGUGGUGAUGGCUUGCGCCUGGCCGGCGCUGUACUUCAUCAACACCUGCGAGUGGCUCUACAAGAGCUUCCACGGUGAGGACAUGGAGGACAAAGUUGUGAUUGUCACCGGCGCUUCUUCUGGCAUCGGGGAGCAAAUCGCUUACGAGUAUGCGAAAAGGAGAGUGAAUCUUGUACUGGUUGCGCGGAGAGAGAAUAGGCUUCGUGGGAUCAGCGAGAGGGCUAGAGUUUUGGGCGCGAAGCAUGUCAUGAUCGUGGGAGCGGACGUGGUGAAGGAAGAUGAGUGCAGGAGAUUCAUCAACCAAGUCGUGAGCUACUAUGGUCGCCUGGAUCAUUUGGUGAACACGGUGAGCUUGGGGCACACAUUCUACUUAGAAGAAGUUGUGGACAACUCGGUGUUCCCGCACUUGCUGGACAUAAACUUUUGGGGCAAUGUCUAUCCAACUUAUGUUGCUCUUCCCCAUCUCCAUGAGACCAAUGGGCGAAUCGUGGUUAAUGCCGCAGUUGAGACCUGGCUGCCUCUUCCAAGGAUGAGCUUAUACGGGGCUGCUAAAGCUGCACUCAUAAACUUCUACGACACGCUGAGGUUUGAACUGAACGACGAGAUCGGGAUCACAAUCGCCACACACGGUUGGAUCGGUGCAAGCGAGGUGACUGGGGGCAAGUUCAUGCUCGAGGAAGGCGCGGAGAUGCAGCGGAGAGAAGAAAGAGAAGUACUAAAAGUGAAUGGGAGUGGCAGCCCGUUGGAGGACUACGCGAAGAGGAUCGUGUCAGGGGCCUGCCGCGGGGACCACUACGUGAAGUGCCCGAGCUGGUACGACAUCUUCCUCAUCUACAGGUACUUCGCGCCGGGCGUCCUGAACUGGACGCUCCGGCAACUCCUCGCCUCCCACGGGGCGAGGAGGACCUCCCUCAUGGGGACGGGGAGGCCGUUGUUGUUGGAAUCCGGGACGAGCUCCCCACGGAGUACGGACUCCGGAUCGAGCUCGCCGCGGAGGCCAGAACCGUCGAGCUCUCCAUGGAGCUCGUCUCCACCACGGAAGAUCCUCGCUGGUCCCUCCGGCGGUCCAGUCACGUUCUCGUCGUCGAGAAGUCCGGUGCAUCCAGUGCAGAUGCACAAACUCGAGUGAUGGUAGUACCGAGUGAUGUAAAGGGUGAUCUCGAUAAGGCAUUGACUGUUUUAUUUUGUGUUGGUGAGAUGGGUUUUUUGUUUUCGUGAAUUGGAAUAAGUGGGAUUUUGGUGUAUGGAUGGUCAUUGAUGGGUUUAAUUUCAGUUUCUUGAAAUGUGGAUUUUGUUACUUUGGAU